CAGCUCCUUCCCCCUUCUCAACCCAUUCACCCCUCCCUGCACUCUGUACAUACUACCGCUACACUGCUCUUGUACAUAUCCACCCACCUGUAUAUAACCAAACCGAUCCAUCCUCCCAUCUUUUGACUUGGCAGCACUCAAAAGUGUAAACCAUCCGUCAUGGUCCUUCCUAUCGUACGAACGUCUCUAUUCUUUGUUCUCUGCUGUCUUCAGGAAGAUAGCGCUGUUUUGCUCUAAAAACUGACUAGACACUCUCUCAACAUGGCUGCACUAGCCCAUGACGAUCGCUGCGGCAACGAGUCUCGUCACCGGUACCCUCUUCAUCUCCUUUUCAGAAGUCUAUGCGGACGAGAAAACAGUAUGUGUCCUCCGAUGGUCCUCCGUUGAUGGGAAGGACAAAAUCAUCGUCAGAGACUGAUGUGAAUGUCUUUUUCUAUUUUGUGGGCGAUAUGAGCAAGCCCAGCAGCAAUACUUCCACUCAAUGCGAGAAUCUUCCUUCGGAUCUGAGUCCCGAGCACAAGGCCCCUCACUUUCGUACGAAUGACAGACACAGAUCGCUCCCCGCACCAGGGGAAGAGCUCAUGCCUGGUCUGGCCUACGUUGCCCUUGCUGGCGUAACCGGCUCGCUCCUUGCUCGUCAGAGAGGGAUGACCGUAAAAAUGCUAGCGCCGGUCGCGUUCGCGUCUGCUGCAGGACUCUAUUUCCUGCCUCAUACGACCAGAAACUUGCUCGGGGUCGACUCGGCUUCCUACGACAAAUGGACCGCCACCCAUCCUCACUCGCACGCCCACGGUCAAUUGCGCCCUCACAACCAAACGCCCGAGCUCUCCAAUACUAAGCUGGUCUCCCAAGCUCGCACAGCCUGGGAUUCUGUCCAGGACAAGGCUGGUGACCUCGACGACAAGGUCAGUACUAAAGGCAAGGAGGCCAAGACCUGGUGGAACAAGAACACUGACAAAGUUGAGGGUACCUUGAAGACCCAAGCCCAGGAAUCAAAAUCCUGGGUCGAAAACAAGGUGAACGAAGCCGACAGGGCCAUCGAUAACGCGUCUGCCAAGGCUGCCGGUGCUGCCAAGGGUGCUGUGGACUGGGUAGAGGACAAGUCCAAAAUUACCGGUCCCAAGCUGGAGGUUAACACCAAAGACGCUGAUGCUUGGCGGCAAACCCAAGGCCGUGUUUCGAAGGACACCAACGGCCGGGCCAAACUUGUGGCCAGGCUUGGUGAGGACAGCAGCCGCACGCACACCGAGAACUCCUGGCUCCGUCGAGAGUUUGGCGAUGGUCCAGAGGAGACGUACAGUCCUCAUCUCGACCGGAACCGUCGGUGGUCCGGCAGAUCCAGCGUAUCUAGCAUGAACGGUAGCUGUGAUUACUGGAGUGAUGGACAGGAGCAAGGAACCGCCAAGGUUCGAGGCAAUGACGACUACUGGUUCCGAAAACCGCCAAACAGUGCUCUCCGCAGCAAUAAGGGUGCUUUGAACAACAGUGACGUCGAUCGCUGGUCCUCUACCGGUGACGAGAUCGGUACUGCACGCAUGGACGAUCCCAAGUACGAGAAUUUGCAUCGCCAACGCUCUGCGAACGCGGCCGAUCUGCCCCACAAACCCGAGUACUGGACCAAUGGCGAGGAGAUCUCUUCUGCAGAUAUCCGCGAUGCCAACUACUACAAUUACCCUGGUAGCCACACUGCCCCGUCUCUCGGUCGUGCUUCCUGGUGGUUCAGGCAUACAGGAACUUCUUCAUUGGAUUAUGCCACAAGUCUGGCGAACCUGACGGGUCAGGGAGACAAGGAGUCAUUCGCUCAUGCCGAUCACUUUCCUCAUGAUAUCUCGAGUAAGCUGGCUACAAUGAAGGCGGAGCUCGAAAAGGCCGCUGCCGAUAUUAUGACCCGUGCCGAAGAUAGAGCUGCUCAUGCCAAAGCAGCAGGCGAGGCCGCAAUUCACGACCGAAAGACUGUUAUGGAAAAGGGCAUCAAAGACCUCGAACAACGUCUUGCAGUCGAGAAAGAAUCGGCUGAACGUGCAGUCAAGGAGGCCAAGGCUCGUGCCCAAUCGUGGGAGAGGGACCAUAGCGCUCUUGCUGAAAAGGCUGUCAAGGACAUCGCGGACCGUUUCGCGCACGAUAAGGCUGCCGCUGAGGCUUCAGCUGCUCAGCUCAAGUCCAAGGCUGAGGCGUGGGCUCGUGAGCAAAAGGAGAGGGUGGACACUGCUACCAAGGAGGUCCAUGAUCGUGUGAUUCGAGAGACUGCUGCAACGGAGAAGAAUGCGGCGGAGGUCAAGACAGCCCUCGAGACCCGAAUUCGCGAGGAGAAACUCAAGAUGGAACGUGAAAUCGAGGAGAGCAUCCGUCUCGAAAAGGUCAAGGAGGAAAAGGCGAAAGCCGAUCUUCGUGCAAAAAAUGAGGCCGUUGCCCGCGAUCAAAAACUCAAAUUGGAGAAGGGAGCCAAGGAGCUGGAGGAAAAGCUGUCGUUCGAGAGGGCUCAGGAGGCUGCGCAGGAAGCCAGGGCUCGCGCGGAGGCCGUGAAGGCUGCCAAGGAGAAGGAAAUGCGCUUGAUUCGCGAGAGAGAGGAAGCUGCUAUCGCCGAGAGGAAGAGGGCUGCUGAGCAUGCAGUCAAGGAGAGGGCUGACAAGCUGGCUUUGGAAAAGGCCGAGAGAGCUGCUCAUGAGGCGAGGACGCGCGCCGAGGCGUUAGAGCUGGAGAAGAAGAAGCACACCGUGUUGGCAGCCAAGGAAAUGGAGCACAUGAAGGAAGUAGAGAGGGCUGAGACCGCUGCGCGCGAUGCAAAGUCGAAGGCUGAGGAGGUGUUGCUGGAGAAGAGGAUGGCUGGCAAGAAAGACAUUGAGAUGGAGGGGCGUCUGUCUGCGGAGAGAGCCCAGGCCGUAGCCAGAGAGGCAAAGGCACAUGCCGAGACCAUGGCGAUCGAGCAAAAAAUGACAGCCCAGCGUGCCAAGCAUGAGCGCGAACAGAAGAGCGGUUUGGAGCAAGCCGAGGCUGGCGCACGCGAGGCCCGCAUCAGGGCUGAUGCACUGGUCAAGGAGAUGAAGAUGAGCAAGGACCGCGUCGACAAGGAGAUCGAGCAGAAAAUCGCGGCCGAGAGAGCUGAAGCAGCUGCUAUGGAGGCCAGAACGCGUGCUGAGGCCACCUUGAAUGAAACUGAGCGCACUGUCGAACACGAUCGCAAAUCGCGCACUGGCUGGAGUUGGCCAUGGAGUGGUUCGCGUUCUUCAACCACCACAGUGGAGACCACUACUGAGACCACUUCCGUACCUUCAAAAGGUGCUCAAUCUCGAGCCCAGAGCCGCGAAGGAUCGGACACCACUGACCAUCCUUUGAAGCACACUGUUGAGGAUACUAAGCAGACCAAGGAAAACGUCGAGGGUGGCCUUGAGCGCCUGAAGCAAGCUGUUCUGGGUACCGAAUCGAAAAUCUCUGAUGAUGCACAGAGAGUCAAGGAGACUGUCCGCAACAAGGUGGAGGCAACAGCAGCCGAGCGCCGUGGGGUGUUUUCGCAAGGUGCUAAGUCUGACGCUACCUCCGAUGUUGGACUGAAUGUGCAGGCAGCGGCUGCAAAGGCUGGAGUAGAAAUCAAGGCAGGAGCCAAGGAUCAGUACUUGAAGAACUCUAGCGAGACAGCGCGCAAAGCCUAUGACAAUGUUAUCGAUGCUGCGACUACAGUCGAGGGACAGAUCCUUCAUCCUCAUUUGCACCAUGAGCAUACAGACGGUGAUGCCGCUAAGCACCAUUUACACGACCAUGUUCGUGGAGAUCUCCGACAGGCCAAGGAGGAUACUCAACACGGCUAUGAGCGCCUGAAGGGCGCGACCACUGGUGCAGAGGAGGCUCCGGUCAAGGCGACGAAUGAUGGCAAGAGAUGGUGGAGCGACAAGGCUGAGCAACUAGACCAAGAGCUGGACAAGACUCAGGCCAAGGUCGAAAAGUCUGCGGGGAACACCAAGGGGUGGUGGAAUAGCAAGACGAACGAGACUGAGGACAAGGCUAAGCGUAUGGACAAAGAGCUGCGUGAUGGAUUGAAUAAGGCUGGCGAUAAGUCGCAGGAGAUGAAUGAUGAUACAGCGCGGAACGCUGAUGCUGCGGACGGGGACUCUUGGUUCCGAACGGAGCAGGCACGCCAGCAUCAGCAUAACCGCGGACCUGGCAGAGCUAUGUAAAAAUUACAAUAGGAUAAGUAUUCU